AUGACAACCGAAACCCAAACCCAAACCGAAACACUUCCCCUCGACAUCAACGACCCGCGCUUCCACCGCACCUUCACCUACACACUCCCACCCAGCUCCGACCACUCCAACACCCUCCCGUCACUCUACAAACUAACAUACGCGGACUUCGGCUACCGCAAUGAAACCCACCCAGACCAGGAACGCGUCGUCCUCUUUUCGCCCCCGCUCAUGGGCUCGCGAUUGCUCUUCGCAACCAAAGAUGCCCUCGCAAAGCGCCAUCGCAUCCGCGUCAUUAGCGUAGACCGGCCGGGGUUUGGCGGGAGCGAGCAGGUGCCGGCUGCUGGACGGUUGGCUUUGUGGAGGGAAACAAUCCCCGCCCUCCUAACCCACCUCUCCAUCCCCCACCUCCACGCCAUCCUCUCCCACUCAGCCGGCACCCUCUACGCCCUCGACCUCCUGCACCAUCUCUUCCCCGCCAACCCCCCUACCAACCCCCACCAGGGUAUCAACACCAUCCUCUCCCCGGACCCAAGCAACCCCACUCUCCUCGCCCUCGGCGCUCCCUGGAUCCUACCCGCCCACACCGGCGCCAUGGCGCCUGCGUUGUUGAAGAUGUUGCCCGCCGGAUUGGUAUCGCGCGCUGAUGCGGUGGGGAGGAUGGCGAAUUCGGCUGCUGCCGGGGUGGGUGUUUCGGCUGGGGUUGUGGGGAGGCUGGGAGGGUUGGUGGCGGGGAAUGGGGAUGGUGAGAGGGAGACGCAGAAGGAGGACGCGAAAGAGGAAGAUCGCGUCUGGCCCAGCGUGAUGAAGCAGAUCUAUACCGAGGGGGUGCCGGGCCUGUCGGAGGAUGCGUUGCUGGUCUUACAUAAAGGGGCUGGGAUGGAUAGUGCUGCGGGAUGGGGCGGGUGGGGGGAUUAUGAUACGUUGGUGCCAGCGCUGGUGGAAGGGUUGAGGCGGGCUGGGCGGAGGUUGAGAGUGGAGGUGCGGUACGCGGAGACGGAUGUGUUGACGGGGAAUGGGGGGGUCGAGGGGAAGGGGGCGAAGUGGUUUGAUGGGUGCUGGAGGGAUAGUGUUGGGAGGGAUGGGGAUGAUCAGGUGGUGGUGUUUGGGAGUCGGACUGUGGAGGGGGCGGAUCAUGAUGGGGUUUGGGGGUUGAGAUGGGGGGCGGUGCAGGAGGUGUUUGGGAUUGUGGGAGGUGUGUGA